GUUCGGAGUGGGAAACUUCAAGCACAGGAGAGUGUUGCCUUGCGAAGUAGACAACUUGCGGACCGAGGUCACUAGUGAUUGACAUUGACAAAUGACCAUGGCUAAAAAAGUGGCAGUUAUAGGUGCAGGUGCCAGUGGACUUUGUGCUAUCAAAUGUUGCCUGGAUGAAGGGCUUCAACCCACCUGCUUUGAGAGAAGCUCAGACUUUGGAGGGCUCUGGCGAUUUAAGGAAACACCAGACCUCAACACUGCCAGUAUCUACAAGUCUCUCAUCAUUAACACAUCAAAAGAAAUGUCGUGUUUCAGCGAUUUCCCAGUUCCUGAUGAUUAUGCAAUUUACAUGCACCAUUCCAAGAUCAUGCAAUACUUCAGGAUGUAUGCAAAGCACUUCGGCCUUCAGAAGUACAUACAGCUGGAGACCAACGUUUGCAGUGUGAAAAAACGUCCUGAUUUCCUUACAACUGGUCAGUGGGAUGUGACUAUCAAAAACAAGAGAGGAGAGCAGAAGACAGAUAUUUUUGAUGCUGUUCUGGUUUGCACAGGCCAUCACUGUGACCCUUACUUACCACUCCACAUGUUUCCAGGCAUUGAAAAGUUUAAAGGUCCUUACUUUCACAGUAGAGAUUACAAGUCACCCUUAGACUUUGAGGGAAAGCGAGUCACAGUGAUCGGGCUUGGAAGUUCUGGAGGCGACUUGUCUGUUGAAAUCAGUCGUACAGCUUCACAGGUGUUUCUAAGCACAAGAAGAGGUGCAUGGGUAAUAAAUCGAGUCUCUGACAAUGGCUAUCCUCUUGAUAUGUCAAGCACUUCUCGAUUUUCUAAUACCAUCAACCAUUUGUUGCCACAUUCUCUGCUGUGCAGUUUGCUGGAAAGAAAGCUGAACAAAAGAUUCAACCACAAGAACUACGGCCUACAACCCAAACACAGAAUUUUAAGCCAGCAAAUAACGGUAAAUGAUGAACUACCAAACCGAAUUAUUUCUGGCACCAUUCUCAUUAAACCAAAUGUGAAGGAGUUCACAGAAACAGCAGUAGUAUUUGAAGAUGGAACUGUGGAAGAGAACAUUGAUGCUGCCAUCUUUGCCACUGGCUACACAUUUUCAUAUCCCUUCCUUGAAGCCUCCAUUAUUGAUGUCCGAAGUAAUAACACUAAUCUCUACAAGUAUGUCUUCCCACCACAUCUGGAGCAGCCAACAUUGGCUGUCAUUGGUCUGGUUCAGCCAGUUGGAGCGAUUAUGCCAGUUUCAGAAAUGCAGUGCCGAUGGGCAGCACGAGUCUUUAAAGGGUUAGUAAAAUUGCCAUCAGUGAGUUCCAUGAUGGAAGAUAUUGCUAAGAAGCAGGAUAACCUUUCCAGAAGGUAUGUCUGCACUCAGCGUCACACUCUUCAAGUAGACUACAUUAACUAUAUGGAUGAGAUCGCUGAAGCUUUUGGUGCAAAACCAAAGAUGCUGGAGCUCUUUUAUCGGAAUCCAAGACUUGCCUGGAAGGUUUUCUUUGAUUCUUGUACCCCAUAUCAGUAUCGCCUAACUGGGCCAGGCAAGUGGAGUGGAGCUGAAAAGGCAGUCAUGACACAGUGGGACCGGGUUUUCAAGGCAACAAUGACCCGUUGUGUGGAAGUGGAAAAACAGCAAAAAACCUUUCCUGUGCUGCUGAUGCUGAUUUUUAUGGUUCUGAUGAUUGCAUUCUUUGUUUUUUAAUUGACUGUUCUUUGUAUUGUGUAACACUAUUUAGCUUCCCAUUCUUUGAUGUGCUUGCUAAUUCUCAUGUUUUUCUUGGUUCCUACUGACUGGGGCUCCAUAUGCACAGCUGCUGCAGGUCGUACCUGAUAUACCAAUAGUUCCACAUUCAUGGUAUCAUGUUCCCAGAAUCCUCUGCACAGAAGUGUAGCUGGCUCAAACAGCACCCUCUGCUGGUCCCAUGAAGUAGCACUCCCCCCCUCCUGUCCUAGUCAUUCGGGUCCCGUUUCUGUGCCCUGGCCCCUACCCUCCUUCCUCACAUUUUUACUGAAAAAAAGCAGAAAAAAGAAAAAAAAAUCCUUUUUUAUUUUAAAAUGUAGCAAACUGCCUGCUACAAAUGUAUUGCACUAAAGAGAGAUUGGGAUUGACUGAUCAUGCCCCCCCAGCAUUUUGUGCCCAGAGCAAGUGCUUCUUUCACCCCAUCCUAGCUAUAUUACUGCCUCAGCAUAUAUUUCAAGUGGAGAGAUAUAAGCCAAGCAGGCCUAUACUGGACAUUCAGAAUUCAGCACUUUCUUCCACUAUAUCUCUAGGUGAUCUCCCUGUCAUUCCUUCUCUUCUGUCAUAAUUUGAUGCUCCUUAAUGCUCUUUUUGCAGAAAAAAGAAACAUUUUCCUCAAAUUAGAAGUGUGACCACCAUUUGUCACAUAGUCAGGGUGGGGUAAAGGGGCAGCCACCUGGGGCAAACUGUUAGGUAAAGCACAAUCAGCAGAUGUUGAUUGGUCUUCAGUGCAUACCAGCAUUUAGAAAUAAAUAUUGGUAUUGCAUUUGCAGUCUGCACUGAAGUGCAGUUGUAUUUCUUAUGUGGAAUAAAGUUUGCUACAGCUUUUGCUCUUCAAGUUAAAGUUGAGGGAGGGAAGAGCACCAGAUCGGGAGACAGCCCUGGCUGCAAAACUUUCUACUUACACCUCUCAUCACCUUGUAGAGUAAUUCUUGACAUGCUCACUUGUCAUUGAGUUCACUUCUGCAUACCAAUGUCUGCUUCCUCCAACAACACAGGCCCUGCAGUAAGAGGCACAGUCUUCCAUUUCUAAUAUCUCUGAUUUAAGGGACUGAUUUCCUGUGUUACUGAAUACAUGGACACAUAUGCAAUGCAGUCAGCAGAAUGUGCACUUAUUUUAGUGUACACACCAGUAAAGACAUGUUUCUACCUGGCAAUAUAUCCAGCAUCUCUGCAUUGUGUGUUAUGGCAGCAGAGAUGGACAGCAUCAUGUGCUUCCUUUACUGACCUCUGCUUUACUGACUGUUGGAUGAAUGGAAUAUUCUGCUUGGAGUAUGUUACAUUACAUUCACUUCAUAUAACAAAGAAAUGAUAAACCUGUCUAAUCUGCCUUUUUAAGUGCAUCAAACAUUAUUGCUCCCCUUCAGUCCUACCUUAAAAUCCAUUGGAUUCCUUUUCUACCACCCAUUCUGGUAAUCCAUUGCAUAGAUUUAUAACACUUUCUAUGAAAAAGUACUUUCAUGAUUCUAAGGAAUCUUUGGCCAGGACAACAUUUCACCUGUGUCUGUCUUCCCCUUCUCUCCUUCCUGUUUGGGAAGAUUCCUUCACAUCUUUCUGACAUGAUCUCCUACACCAAUAUCCUGUACCCCAUCAUGUCUGGUAUAAUGUGAGAAGAGCUUUUGCUCCCCUAACCUUUGGUCAUGUCCUUUUUCCUCCAUCGCACUGACCUUUCUGGUAGUUUUCCUUAGGAUUUCUUCCGACAGCGUGAUGUACCUUUCCUUAUAUGGUCCAGGAACUGGAUGGGGUACUUACUCAAGAUGUGGUCUGACCAAGGUCUGGCGCAGUGGUAGUAUUAGGUCUUUGCAUCUGCAGUCUAAACCCCUGAGGAUACACACCAGCAUUCUGUUUAGUGAU